UUUUUUGAUUUAGUGUAAUUGACUGUAUAAUGAGCCAAAUGUCCAAUUUCUGUUUUUCUUUCAGUAGAUGACAAAAGCUGGAUUGUGUUGUUGAUUUUCUUUUUUUUGUUUGUAUGUUUGUCACAGAUUUGUUAGCCUCGUCAAUCUUUAGUUCAAUAGAACUGCUAAGUGGCUUUUUUUAUUGUUUGUUUUGCUGUGUCUAGAAUAUUAUGGUCAUCGUCUUUUUCCUAAAGGGUUAUUUUUCUUUGCUUUUGCUCUUGUUUCUGCUGUAGCUGUGUAUUCAUGUCUUUUUUGACAAGCCAUCUGUUGUAAUCACUGAAAUCAUCACAAGCCAAUCAGCUCUGUAGGAAAUAAUUUUAAAAUGAUGUUUGUUAGUCAGUGUCAAAUCUUGUCUGAAAAGUGAGUAAAAGACAGAAUUUCUUCAUUAAACUUUGUUAUUUUGAUCGUGAUGUGAUGUGUAUUUGUCCACAUUUAAAAUAAUGAAACUUAUGUGAGCGCAGACAUUGUAGUACGUUAGAACAGCUCAAAUCUGUGAAAUGAGCAUUUGGUUGGAACACAAAGUCUCAGGACUAAGGUUUGGAAUGUAGACAUCGCCAUCUGUAGGCUGUCUGAGACCAGAGAAGCCCACAUCUGGACAACAGGUGGAGGAGGAACAUUUGCCAGCACACAAGAACUAAAUAAAGGCACAGGUAAGUAAAUGUGAACCCUUGAUAGACCGGGUUAUCAUCAGUGGUAAUAUUAGUCCAGAUUCUCAUUUUUCCAGGCCCUGGUGAACUUAAAAGCUUGCAUAAGGAAAGCUGGACUUUUGUACAUGACCCUAAAAGGGUUAUUUCUGAAACAUCCCAAAAGGAGUCCAGCUGCCCUCCAUCAAGCUGUCCGUAUCAUCAGUGGUACUGAACUCUUCACAUAAUAUCUGAACCCAUUUCUAGAUCUGUCUUAGAAAUUAGGACACUAGAAAAAAACAAUUCAAGUUUUCUGAAAACCCGUUAUAGACAUUAAAGUUUCCAUUUGAAUGUGGCUGAACAGAUUCAAGAGUGGAAGCUUUGUUUUUCAAAUUCAAAUGACUAAUGACAAUACUCUGAGUUCUUUCUUCCUUUUGGAUCAGUUUUGUUUUUGUGGCUGAAAAAGGAACGAACGGCGAACGAAAUGCGUGAAUGUUUUACCAUCUUGCCGUCCUAUUUUUUUCCUCUGGCCGUGGACACCCCUCCUCUUCCCUGUGAACUGUAAAUGUUAACUGUAAAUACUCGGCAGAAAAACAGGCCGAGGUUGCCUUCUGUAUGCUGUCAGUUCACCUCGGUGCUGCUGGUAAUGCCAUCAAAAAAACUCCACCACCUGGAUAUUUGGAAAAACUGGAUACAGAGCACAUAAGGUAAGACCUCAGAUCUUUCAUUCAGAUGUAAAAUAUUCUGACAUCUACACACAAAUAAGAUCAUAAUAAUAUAGAAUUUUUUAAGCUAAAGAAGAAAGAAAAAUAAGAUAAGUAAUGUACUAAUUAAAAUGUUGAGGGUUUAAAAAGCCAGUUAAAAAGUUGAAACCUCUGCCAACAUUUUAAGAGACAGUUUAUUUCUGAAAUAUUUCAAACUGAUGUACUCUUAAAACUUACAAGCUGCUGUGAGUAAGUAGAACAGACACUUGCCUUAAACUGUAUUUAUUAAACACAUUCCCGUGGUUUUAAAUUGGAACAAGCCUGGAGAUAAGAUCAGAUAACGAUAAUUAAAACGAGCAGGGAGGACAACGGGGUCCAUUCAGGCUCCCGACUCGCUGUUGCCAUAUCAAACAACCCUGUCCUGUAAACAGUGGAAGUGCAGUUCGGCCUGAGCUCCUUCCUACAUCAUCUGACAUCACAGGCAGAGCUGAUGUUAAAUAAAUUACCCCGUGUCAUUUCUCCUCUUUUUUUUUCAGCGACUGAGACCCAAACUUGGGAAUUCUUUGUGAUCUCAGAGGAGAAACGAGGAGGAUGAAUCGUUCCUGUGUCAACUACCUGAAGACUCUGGUCAUCUUCCUCCAUUUCCUCUGCUGGCUGUGCGGAGCCUUCGUGGUGGCUUUCGGGGAGUUCCAGAUGAUGCACUCCAGAUUCGCCUCAUUGGUCACCUCCUUCUGGCCCAUCUACCCGGCCAACACGCUGGUGGUGACCGGCACCAUCGUCACCUGCGUGUGUUACCUGGGGGUGCUGGGGGGCAUGAAGGAGAACCGCUGCAUGCUCCUAACGUUUUUUGUCCUGCUCUUCAUCCUGAUGCUGGUGGAGCUGGCCAUGGCCUGCGUGUUCUUCGUCUACAACAGAGAGAUCGAUACCUACUUCGAGAAGGAUCUGAUGAAUAGUUUGGAGAUCUACAGAGAGUCCAAGCCAGGCGAGAACAAGCUCAUCAAAGAUGACUUUGAUGAAGUCCAGUUCCUGUUUAAAUGUUGUGGAGUUCACGGAGAGGCUGACUGGAAGGGCAACGUCCCCGUUUCUUGCUGCACAAAGGACCCCUGCAACACCGGAGACCAGCCCAACUGGAGAGAGGGCUGUCUGAUCAAAUUGAGAGACUGGUUUGCUGGAAACUACCUCAGCACGGCUUCAGGAGUGGUCACAAUGUUUAUAAUACAGUUCUUUUGCCUGAGCGUCACCGUCCCUCUCUUCUGCCACUUCAGUCGACGGGGACUCGGCUACCAGUGAAAGGGGAAACACGAAACGGCUGGAAACGCUUCUCCUCGUGUCUACCUUCUAUUGAUCUGUCCCGAUUUCAGCCACCAAGAUGCUAGCAAGCUGAGGAAACACCUGUGAUUGGUUCCUGAGCAUCACACAAUGUCAUGUGAGGCAAGACUCCAGCAAGAGUGAUGCAGAAGGGGAUUUAAUGCUCAAAGAGGGUCAAUGUUAUUUUCUAAAAAUAUUCCUAACUCUAAAAGAGCUUAAGAUCAGUUUCUCUUCUUUACUCUCCAAUUAAGUACCCGCUGUUUUUCAGCAGGUCUGCUCUCCAUAGAUUCAUAUACAUUUAUUUUCAUGUCCUUUCGUGGAUAACACAUUGAACAAAUUGGUCUUGGGAGCUUGAAUGUCUGACAAAGGCUUUUGGACCCUUUUUCUUUAAGUAUUGUGAUAGGCGUACAGUAAUGUUAAUAAAGUAGCUCUUUUUUCAAAGGAUCAGCACUGCACUUUGAUAACUAUAGUUUUUAUUCUUCUCCUUUACUCGUCAGUGGUCCAGGUUUAAAAUUGUAAUGGGAAUCCCACCAAAUGCUGAUAUUAAUAAUCUUCUUUCAAUAUUUCCGUGUUUUAAUUUUUUGAAGAUAUUCAAACUCUGCCAAAUUGCUAAGCAGCAGUGCCUGUUAUACCUUAAUCAAAAACUGGCACUGGGUUACUUUGAGAGUGAUCCAAAUAUCUAAAUUCUUGAUUUGAUUCGACCGACCCAGCUGAGAUGAGUGUUCUUAUCUGUUGCCUGUAUCCUCUAACACAUGAUCGUGUUCAUAUUGUUUGAGCUUGCAUGAUCUAAAAAA